GGUCAAGGCGGCAUCCCAUGACAAUGCCUGUCAGUUGGUGCCAGGUUUGAGCAGUGUGGCCGUGGUCGAGGGAACGGCGGGCAUCCGCGUCACUUUCCUGUCAGUAUACGUCGAGGGAAGCGCGGGCGGAGGCCGGGCGUCCGGCCCGCGGGGCCCGGGAAGUGGCUGGCUGGCUGGCCGGUGCGAGCUGCAGGUCUGGUGGCAGCGGCUGGGCCAUGGGCAGCAGCGCCAGCAGUCCAUUACAGGGAGAAGCCGGUGGAGGCUGUGCGGAUUGGGGCGUGGAGUAAGGGCUGCGACAUGUGGGAGCCUGGCCUGACUGGGCCUGGAAUGGCCAACAGGAAUGAGGAGAUCGGGGAGCUGAUCGAUCAUUUCUCCAAACACCAGUACCGGGCCAAGGAGGCCAACCCCAAGGUGGAGAAGAUUGAAAAUCGCUGUCUGGAAUUGUUCAGGAAAGACUAUGUGUACAGUGUGAUUCAGAAUCCAAACGGAGAGCUUUGUGGGCAUUACCCCCGCCAGAUCAUCUUCAAAGAGUAUGCAAGCACAGAGGGUGGUAAAGACAGAUUUGAGAGCACAGUUCAAACAAGUAAAUUGCAGGACUUUGUAAGCCGUAGCAAGAUGGCACGAUGUCGUAGUCGUUUUGUGUGCCCAGUCAUUUUGUAUCAAGGAAAGCACAUUUGUCGGUCAGCAACACUGGCAGGAUGGGGAGAACUAUACGGGCGCAGUGGAUAUAACUACUUAUUCUCAGGAGGAUCUGAUGAUGCGGGGGCAGAAUCUGAUGAAGUGCCUGAUGACUAUGCUGUACGAAAUGGUGAUUCCCAGUUAUUCGAUAAGGUUCGAGGUCAUGACAUAAAGCUGCUGCGCUAUCUUUCUGUUCGUUACAUUUGUGACUUGAUGGUGGAGAAGAAGAAAGUGAAGUUUGGGCUGAAUGUGACCUCAUCUGAGAAGGUGGACAAAGCACAGCGAUAUGCAGAUUUCACCUUAUUAUCUAUACCUUAUCCAGGUUGUGAAUUUUUUAAGGAUUACAAGGAUCGUGACUACACAGCUGAAGGGCUGGUGUUCAAUUGGAACCAGGAUUUUGUUGAUGCACCAUUGAAUAUCCCUCCUUCCCUGACUGAGAAUCUGAAUAUUGAUUGGCGGGAUUAUCAGUCUUGGGAUCUUGUUCAACAGACACAGAAUUACCUGAAGCUACUCAUUCAUAUAAUAAACCGGGAUGAAGACAGUGGUUUGUUAGUGCACUGUAUUUCUGGUUGGGAUCGAACACCACUCUUUAUCUCUCUUCUUCGUCUCUCACUGUGGGCUGAUGGACUUGUACACGUUUCUCUAGAGCCUGUGGAAAUCCUUUAUCUAACCAUUGCUUACGAUUGGUUCCUUUUUGGACACAUGUUAUCUGACAGGCUUAGCAAAGGGGAGGAGAUUUUUUUCUUUUGCUUCAAUUUUUUGAAGCACAUCACCUCAGAAGAGUUCUCUGCAGCAAAAAAGCUGAGAAGGAAGAACACACAAAAAGAAACUGAGUUUCUGGUGGAUGAUCUGUGUACAUUGGCUCAUACAGACCGAGGAAGUACCACCAGUCUGAGCAGUGAUUUCUCAGUCAUUAUGGAGGAGUCUCCCACUACUGCAGGAAGCUUCAACUAUGAGGCUGUAGAACUGACAACAGGUCCAGCAACACAGGUGGCUUGGAGAAGAGGAAGGACAUCAUCACCACAGACUGUUGCAUGGAAUCAAGCACACUUGCCUAACCAGGCAGAAGACCGGUUCGUGCAACCUGGUGUAUCCGAACAUAAGCCAUCAUUCUGCCAGCUGGAAAAUAACUUCCUGAGAACUGGUAGUAGCCCCUUGGCUGUUCCAGAAAGAAGCUCCACAGAGUAUUCCCUUUCUUCAUCCUCUUCCACGGAUUAUGGCAGCUGGCAGAUCGUGUCUGGCUGUGGCAGUAUUCAUGACCCGGCUAUAGUUACCAAUGACUCACCCCUCCCCUUCAGCGUUCAAGAUGAUGGAGCCAAUGGGAGACUACAUCCACACAUCCCAGAACGAAGGGCCAAGCUAGAGGAAGUCAGAGCCAUAUUCUUGUCCGCAUACAGUGCAACUGUAGGCCUCAGAUCCAUAUCUUCCAGCCCGUCAGCCAUUGGUGGACUUCUGGAACAGUUUGCCCGUGGAGUCGGACUGAGAGGCACAAACAGCAUUGUCUGACACAAUCUGUCUCUUUUUUUUAAAAUCUGUGGAUCACUGUGAAAUGCCAAAGAUGGACUUGUGAAUUUGCUAUUCAAACAUUUUCUUCUUUUGAUCAUAGACUGUGAUUACUACUUAGAAAAGUACUUCUAUUGAACUAUAUUUCUAAAAGCUGAAGACAUGCAGUUCCCCUCUUCUCUCCUCCCCUGUGCAUCUAUGUAUUGAAGUGAGCAAACUAGCCCUAGUUCAGGACUUGAGAUGGGGCUGUUCAUCCUUGAAGUAGUGUUGUUCUCUUUAUAUUUAUAUUUGAGAGCUUCAGAAAUAGGUGGCUUUGAAUGGCUAUUGCAAGCUGAAACAUCCUACAUUGAAUCACAAUGUCAGAGGUAGUAGUGAAUCUGGACAAUAAUAUUCUUAAGCAGCUUUGAAGCUUGUAAAGUUACUUCUCAAGCUAGCCAGGUAAGGUUAGAGUUAAUAUUAUGAUGGUUUUGUAAAUUUUUUACUUAUAUUACCCUAUUAACCUGAAAAAUCUUAUUCCCAGUGGUUUAUAAAUUUACUAUAGUAAGCCAUUAUGGUGAUCUCAUUUUUGACUACAAUAUACUAACCGGUAGAUGGAAAUUGCAGGAAGACUUGCUCGAAAAGACUUGUUUGGUUAGAUUGAUUAGCACCUUGGCUAAAGUAAUGCAGACAGGCUCUCUGUUGUGUCCAGCCACCACAAUGAUUCCUGUGAUUUUGGGAAAUUGUCUGUGGUGUCGCUCAGAUUUGAAAAGAUUUUGUCCACCUUGCCUUUCCAAUGACUCAAUUGAUUUGAAAAUGACUUGUCAACAUAAGAAUGCAGUAGCAGAAUAGUAGAUUUUCAUUAGCAGAUUUAAUUCAGCACUGUUCGAGAUUAUUUCUAUUUUUAAUAUGAUAUAUUAACCUGUUUUAAAACUUGACUAUUUUUGUAAUGUAUGGAUUCUGUUGUAUAGUUUAGACUUUACAGGACGUUUUAGUGUUGCCUUAAAAUAAACAGGGAUCUGUCACCAAGGACUGAAUGAGGGGAGAAGUGAAAGGAGCCUUUUUAAUUUUGGUGUCAAGAAUUCCUCUUGGGAGAAGUCUUUUUAAGAAAAAAAACACAAAAAUGACCCUGUAUUGUAGUCAAAAUAUUGGACUGUGAAAUAGACACUGAACUCUUGCAUGUAAGUUCUGUGAAACAAAUACUUCAUUUGAAAAAAAAUCAAUUUCACUUAGCCAAAAUUUCAGUUUUGGAAUUGAAUAUAACAAAGGAUUAAAAAUAUUUGAUUUUAAGUAAACUUAUUAUAUAGUUAUUUCCAGCAAAACAUUUUCCUCUUGAUGCAACUCCAAGAUUGAAAACAAAAUCAAUAUUAACCGCAUCAUAUCAACCCAUAAUUGUUGAUUCCAGGUAUGUCUUUUCUCACCAGGCUGUUCAAAGAGAAAUGUUAGUAUUAAAAUAUGUAUUGUAAGAUCAACCACUACUGCAUGGGUUUUUCUAAAAUAUCACAACAGGGAUCUAGAUCUUGUCACUUCCACCUUUUGCCCUUGGAUGUCAAGGCUAAGCAUAUCUGUCUGGACAAUCAGCAUUCAACCUUUUAGUUGUGCAGGUCUCCUGAGCAUUCAUCUGUGUUUCUCUGAAUUAGUUACAUAAUGCUUUUAAAUUUUCUUUCCAAUAUCUCCAUGUCCUCCAGUUCUACCAGACUGGGUUCAUGUGAAUAUAAGUCGUAUUUACUUUCUCUGACAUUUAAUACACAACAUGACCGUCUUUAUCCCUCCCAAACUCCCUUUACCAUUAGAUUGGAGUAGCUUUUAAAACUGUAGUAAGUGUUCGUUUGUUGUACAAAAUGCAUUAAUAUUUGUAACGAAUUAAGUUGGUUAUUGUUCUGAAUACAAAUAUUUCAAUUCUGGCCCAAAUUUAUCUAAAUCUUUUAAAAUUCAUAAUCUGCUGACAGACCUGUUGUACACUUUGAUUAUUAAGUUAUUUCAGACUUCCAGCAUUUGCAUUUUUUCGAACCUACAGUUCAUUUAUAUAUUUCCCACACUUACUGAGCAUAAAUUUAAAAUGGUCCUUAAUCAGUAUUGUAAACGGUAUUGCUUUUUUUUAUUGGAAGUAAUAGAACAGAAAUUGUUAGUGAACAUUAGAUUAAACUGAUCUGGUUAUUAAUUUAGAUAAUGUGUAUUGGGAUUAAUCCGCAAUUCAGCAUGUGCUUUGUAUAUUUGAACUGUUGCAUUAUGUUGGUGUAUAUGUGGGCUGUGAUUGCCUAGCAAAAUGUUUUCGUUAUAUAUGAAUUAAAGAUCUUUAAAGCUCUCAGAUUUUUACAUAACAUGUUGUUUUAAAGGACUUGUUUUGAUGGAUGUGGAUUGUAACCCUCUGACUUUUGGUUAUUCAGAUUUGUUUCAGGUUAGUGUUUCAGCAAAAUCUAACGUCAUAUUUACCAACACCCUAAAAUGUUCACUUCAUUACUUUUACUGUGAACUUUGCUCUUCUGUAUUAACCAUGUAUCCAAAUGUUAUGGAGCCAAAUUUCUUGUUUCUUAUUAUGGUUACUUUCUUAUGGUGUACUCUUAAGAUUAAACCCAGAAAGAUGAUAUGUAACCUCCUGAUCAGUGUGUUUUUGAGGAAUAUAUUAGCUUAUUAAAAUAUUUUUCUCUCAAGGCAACUUGCAAUUUAAACUUCCUGAAGCCUUUUAUUUUGGAUGACUACAUCACUGUAGAGAGCACAGGUUUACAACUCUAUUUGUGAUGACCAGCUUUGCAGUACCACCACCAGUGCCAGCAUUGAGAGCUGCUUUAAAGCAUCAGUGCUAUUCAUUAAAAUCUUUCCACUCAAUUUCUACUAUUUGCAUAUGCUGAGACAUUAGUAUUUAUCUCUCUCCUUUAUCCAUUUGGAGGUCUGAUAGUGCAAAUAGAAAGCAUUUUCAUUUUUGUUAACAUGGGUAAUCCCUUGAAUAAUACUUUUAUCAAGAUAAGGUUGCUUUACAUUAAUACGCAAAAUAUCUAACCAUUUACUCCUCCAACCUCUUCACCCCCCCCCUCCCGUUUUCUCUUAUGGUCAAACAUUUUUAACCAAUCUCUUAAAAAAGAAUUGCUAUUAGUCAAAAGGCAUCCCUGAAAAAUUUGAUAAUGAAGUCACCUUGCACAAAUAUGUGCAUUUGGAUUUUUCUCAUUAUUCCAUGUAAUUCUGGAAUGAUGACAUAUGAUGUGUCAGCAAUUUUGUCCAUUGCCAAUAAUUAUAUCCUUUGUAACAAGUUACAUGGUUCAAGUUUCCACAUAAUAUAACAUUUGUUGCAGUAUUGUUUCAAGCUUCUGGUAGUCCAUUUAUCAACGAAGAUGUUUGAUGUUCCUCGUGUUCUUUUAAAUCUGUCCUGAACAAGAGGAUUGUAGUUAACCCUUAAAAGUAUUUAUUUUCCCCAAUAGUGCAUGAUACUGCAAAGAGGAAUUCAACAGUUAUUUAGAGAAAAACAUUUUAUAAAACAAAAUCUUCUGUAACACUGGAUUGAAAUUCCUAGUUUUUACACUGCUAAUCAUUUUUAGACUACUUCUGAUUCCAUCAUCACGUUUUGUAGGACACAUGGUGGCCUGAUUGCUGGAGAGAACCCCGUUUCUCUUAUAUUGAGAACUGUAAUACUGUUCCUAGUGUAUUUUUUUAUUGAUGCAAUGCUAAGGGAAUGUGAAGUUCUUUGUAGAAAACAAAAUUAUGUUUGUGUAGUUGAAAUAAAAACUGAAAAUGUUGGGGAAAAACUUGGUAGGUCAGACACCAUCUGAGGAAAGAGACGAGGGCACUGUUUCAUUUCUGUGAUGAGGGCCCCUGAAGUGUCCCUGAACUGAAAUAUUAACUGCUUCUCACUUUACAGAUGCCUCCUGACAUUUAGUGUUCUGGCAUUUUCUCUUUUUAUUUCAGAUUUCUAGUAUUUGCAGUUUAUUGAUUUACCUUUUCGUAUAUUUUUCUCUCACUCAGCACACUCAACCUUUUCAAGUCUGGAAGGCCAUAAUGAUGUGUGUCACAAUGGCCAGUUAGCCAGGCAAACUCGUAUAUUGGAGCAUCUUUAAAACAUAGCCUAUUUGAUAAACAAGCCUGGAGACCUAGUUUUUGUUUGAACCUCUAAUCUCAGUCAAUUAUAUAGUUCCUAUUUUAUUUUCUUCAGUCUUUUUUCUGAUCCCUUGUAAAAAUGCCAGAUUCCAAUAAGAAAUAAUGGCUUGACAACCUUAAUUUAGUUAAUAUAUAUUGCUGAGCUAAGGCUUUGGGUUUCCAUAUUUGAGCCACCUAUCCUGAGGAAUUUUAGCAGAAAUAUGUUGUUAAUGUCCUGUGUGUAUUGUAAGAAUGAUUAAUGGAAUAUUCUGUUCUUUGUACCAUUAAAGUGAAGAAAGAUAGGAUUUCAAUUUUCACAGUUUACUGUUCCAUGAAGUGCAAAAUCCUGUAAUAUUGUAAACUAAUGAUUCAGGACUUCUUUCAGGAAGUGCUUUCUGCAUGUGUAUAUAGUAUUUCAGUUUAAUUGAAAAGAAUAAAUUUGAAUUCUU